GCUCUAUAACCUCGCACGUGUUCUGCUAGUUGUACAAACCCGGGUUAACAUGGCCGAGAUGGAGACGCAAAACUCCGGGACAGAGGACGGCUUUAUUCCCGUCACACACAGAGGGGGCCGCCGGGCGAAGAAGCGAAAGGCUGAGCAGUCCGCAGCGGCGGGACAGGAUGGAGAAACCGGACGCAUGGAUACGGAGGAGGCGCAGCCGGUGAAGAGGCCGGUCUUCCCGCCGCUCUCCGGCGAUCAGCUCCUGACUGGGAAAGAAGAAACGAGAAAAAUCCCUGUCCCAGCUAACAGAUACACACCGUUGAAAGAAAACUGGAUGAAGAUAUUCACACCGAUUGUAGAACAUUUGGGACUUCAGAUACGCUUUAACCUGAAAUCAAGGAAUGUAGAAAUCAGGACUUGUAAAGAUACCAAGGAUGUCAGCGCCCUGACAAAAGCUGCAGACUUUGUGAAAGCCUUUGUUCUCGGCUUUCAGGUGGAGGAUGCACUUGCCCUCAUUCGGCUAGAUGACCUCUUCCUAGAGUCUUUUGAAAUAACUGACGUUAAGCCCCUGAAAGGAGACCACCUGUCAAGGGCUAUAGGAAGAAUUGCUGGCAAAGGAGGAAAAACCAAAUUCACCAUAGAGAAUGUAACGCGGACGCGGAUUGUUUUGGCAGAUGUGAAAGUUCACAUUCUUGGCUCUUUCCAAAACAUCAAGAUGGCAAGAACAGCCAUUUGUAACCUCAUCCUAGGAAGUCCUCCAUCAAAGGUGUAUGGCAAUAUCCGAGCUGUGGCCAGCAGAUCAGCAGAUCGGUUCUGAUUUUCCAGGGACCCUUGGGAUGGUCACAUAAAACCAUGGGAAGAAUUUCCCAGCUACUUACAGCUCAGGAGCCUUCUCAGCUCUCAACCAGAGCAGAAGCAGAAAAGGAGGGUUUAACAGGACUUGGCACCCAGCUGCUUGCUUCUAGGAUAAUUUAAAUACGAUAUAAUUUAUUCGUAUUUAAAUUUAUACUUAAAGUAUAAGUACUUUAAGUACUUAAAGUAUAAGUAAACCACACAGUUUAAAACCUUAUCAUUUAGAGGUAACUGUUUGCUUACAACUUUUUGGUUAUAGAUUUACAGCUAAACUUAUAAACUUAUAUAAACUCUGACAUUUUUAAUUAAAAAUGAAUCAUAAUUCUUGGUACUGGGCACUGACUAUUUCAGGGUUGGAUCAUAUCAGUAACUUGCACUGUUGAACUAUAUGUGCUUAUCUUUGCACUUUCCUGUACAAUUUAUAAAAUGAAAGCCCUUCACAAGGCUAAUAAAUGUCAUUUUUCAAAUAAAUAAUGAAAUGUUGCA